AAAAUCAUGUCUGUAUUGACACAGUUAUUGAUAUCAAUCAUAUCGGAUAAUAUAUGGUCAACAAUAACCAGUUUACUAAUUGCAUUAGUAGUCUAUAAAUUGGUGGCAUUUUAUUACCGUUACUACUACUGUCUACCUCCCGGUCCAUUUCCAUUGCCAUUGAUCGGCAAUUUGUUAGCUUUCCGUAGUAAACAUCAUUGGGAAAUGAUUUUGAAUAAAAUGGCCAAAAAAUAUGGUCCAGUAUUUACCAUACAUUUAGGUAACAGUCCAUACAUUAUGAUAAGCGAUGCGGUCAUUGCUAGAGAAGUUUUUUGUAAAAAUGAAUUUUCUGGACGACCUGAAAGUUAUUUUGGAAAAGCAUUUACAAAUGAUAUUAUUUUUGCCGAUUAUGGCCCUCAUUGGGAAACCCUGAGACGUGUGGCGCACGCGGCCGUACAAAAAUACUCGACUAAUGAACGAUUAGUUAACGUAGCGGUCGAUUGUGUGGACAAAACGGUUCAAACAAUAUUGGAAAGAGAGGGUCCAAACAAACCAAUCGAUCCAUUCAAUUAUGUUUAUCUAAUGUUUCUUAACAUUUUGGCAAACAGUACUUUCGGUGAAAACUAUAAUAUUGAUGAUCCGGAAUUCAAACAAAUCAAAUAUGUAUUAAAAGAUUUGAACGAUGWAUUCGGUCCGCGAACCAUAUUAUGGGAAUUUUCCGCAAUUAUCCGAUGGAUUGAUAAGAAAACAGUAGAUAAAUAUCAGAAAGUUUUUAGUGAUUUGAAAAAAUUAUUAAUCAAUAAAUAUAAAAAUCAUUACAAAGAUUUUGAUGAGAAUAUUCAACGAGAUUUUUGCGAUUCACUAAUCAUUGCCCGAAACGAUGAUCGGCUGCACCGGGAGUUUGGAUCAUCCGGUCAACAACAGUAUCUGACCGUUGAAAACAUUGCUAUGUCUAUAUUGGAUCUGUUUUUUGCGGGAACCGAUACCUCACAGAAUACGUUCCUAUGGUUGCUGUUGUUUGUUGGGUAUUAUCCUCUGAUGCAAACACGUAUGCGCCGGGAAAUUGAGUCGAAAAUCGGUGACCGAUUGCCAACACAUGCCGAUAGACAACAAUGUCAUUAUACGAUGGCAUUCAUUGCCGAAACAUUAAGAUUCAGGAAUGUUGUCCCGAGUGGUGUAUUUCAUAAGACAAUGACUACUAGUAAUAUAGGCGACUAUACAAUACCCGAAGGUAUGGCUGUUAGUGUAUAUCAAGGAUUUAUAUUACGUGACGACAAAUAUUGGGAAAAUGCCGACACUUUCAAACCCGAGCGCUUUCUCGACAGUGACGGCCAUUAUAUGACAACCCGUUCCCAAGCAUUCAUACCGUUCGGUGUCGGACGUCGUGUUUGUUUAGGCGAAAAGUUGGCCAUCGCUGACCUGUUUCUAGUUUUGAUCCGAUUUCUACAGUCGACACAAAACUAUGAUAUUGUUUUGGACAGUCAUCUGGGUUUAGAUACCGAUCCCAAUUCAGUUGUCACAACUAAUUAA